AUGACGAGAAAUCACCCUAGCCUUCGCAAGGCCGCUUCGAACGCGGACCUCUACGCGGAUCCGUCACCGCCCCGCCCGCUACGGCAUUCGUACUCCACGACACUUGGACGCGCUCACACAACGGCAUCGCUGCCUCAGCGUCAUCGGCAGGAUCGAGUGACAGAGAGAGGAUGGAGGAGCCGCGAAGCUGUCCAUAACCGGCACAGCAUCGCCGCGACGUAUCCCAACCUCAUCGAUGUUGAAGACGAAGACUACGCGCCGCCUUCGAGCUACCAAAACCCUCCCCCUGUACCACCGAAGAUACUAGAGAUUCCAGACGAGCAAGCAAAAGAGGACGUCACGAUGCCCAAGCCGACGCCCUCUCAUUGUUGGAUUCCGGUGCCUGCUCGCUCAAAGGAAGAUCCGGCACGCUACACGAAGCCCUUCACCGACUACAUGACGAGCAAUCCUACGAUCUUCCACGCUGUCGAUGCCGUCGCACAGGACCUUGAGAAGGAUGGCUACAAGAAGCUGUCUGAGCGCGAUGCGUGGGAGCUGAAGGCUGGCGGCAAAUACUACGUUGAACGCAACGGUAGCUCGCUCAUCGCCUUCGCUAUUGGUGACAAUUACGCGUCGGGCAAUGGAGCUGCGAUUCUUGCUGGACACAUUGAUGCGCUUACAGCGAAGUUGAAGCCCAUCUCGAACCUUCGCACCAAAUCAGGCUAUGUACAGCUCGGUGUGGCCCCAUACGCUGGUGCACUGAGCGACACGUGGUGGGACCGCGACCUUGGUAUUGGUGGACGGGUACUCGUCAAGGAGAAUGGAAAGAUAGUCACGAAGCUUGUCAAGCUGGACUGGCCUAUUGCAAGGAUCCCAACACUAGCACCUCAUUUUGGUGCUGCCGCCAACGGCCCGUUCAACAAAGAGACGCAGAUGGUGCCUAUAAUUGGUCUGGACAACAGCGAUAUUGGCAGUUCGUCGGACCAUGGGGAAGAGAACUGGAAAGCCAGUGUGCUGGGUGGAGAGGGCGCCUUUACUGCUACUCAGCCGGAGAGGCUCGUGAAAGCCAUCUCAAGCGAACUCGGCAUCACGGACUAUUCGUCCAUUGUCAAUUGGGAGCUCGAGCUCUUCGAUACGCAACCCGCCCAGACUGGUGGCCUCGACCGAGAGUUCAUCUUCGCCGGCCGGAUUGACGACAAGCUCUGCUCUUGGGCUGCGAUUCAAGCUCUCCUCAACUCGAGCUCGUCCCUCUCAACCUCGUCCCAGAUCCGCAUGGUUGCCCUCUUCGACGACGAAGAGGUCGGCUCGCUACUCCGACAAGGUGCUCAUGGCAACUUCCUCCCAAUCGUCAUGGAGCGCAUCGCCGAAGAGUUUGCGUCGAACGGAAAGACAAGCAGCGCUUUGAACAGAACAUAUGCAAACUCUUUCCUCGUCUCCAGCGACGUGAUUCACGCCGUGAAUCCCAACUUCCUCAACGCGUAUCUCGAGAACCACUCUCCACGUCUCAACAUCGGUCCUGCUGUCUCUGCGGACUCAAAUGCCCACAUGACGACUGACGCUGUCUCCACUGCUAUUUUGCAGCGCUGUGUUGAUCGCGAUGUCGGCAUGCGCAAGGUCGACCCUAAGCUUCAGGUGUUCCAAAUUCGAAAUGAUAGCAGGAGUGGAGGCACUGUUGGACCAAUGCUGAGCUCUGCAACGGGUAUCAGGUCGAUUGAUUGCGGCAUCCCGCAGCUGAGUAUGCAUUCUAUCAGGGCGACGACCGGAAGCUUGGAUCCUGGUCUGGGUGUCUUCACUUUCCAGAGUUUCUUGGAGAACUUCGAGAGUGUUGACAAAGAGUUCAGGGCAUAA